AUGCCUCGCAAACAGAAUCCCGAACCUAUCUCGGCGGCUCAGCAGCAGGAACUGGUUUCGGAGGGUAUUGAGAAUUUUGAGUUGCCGAAGAGUGUGGUUAUGAAGAUUGCGAAGGCGGCGCUCCCAGACGAAGCGCGGUUGACGAAGGAGACGGUGCUUUCGUUGGUGAAAGGUUCGACGGUGUUUAUCAAUUACCUUGCUGCGACUGCACACGAUAUCGCUAUUGCGAAACAACAUAAAUCCAUCGCUGCGACGGACGUCCUACGCGCCCUCGAACUACUCGACUUUGGAGAUUUGGUAGAACCAUUAACGCAGGAACUUGCAUUGUACAAAGACAGCAGCGCGAACAAAAGCACCAAAUCCAAAUCUGGGUCGAAAGGACUCUCGAUCUCAAUACCUCCUCAAGCAUCCAUCUCCUCCGCAUCCACCUCCGUCUCCUCCAACCCCAAAAUCACGCUCACAGUCCGACCUUCAGCCAACGGCCAAGAUAAGGGGAAGGCUAAAGCUUCGAAUGUGGAUCGGGAUGGGGAUGAAGAGAUGCGUGGGGCCGACGAGGAGGAUGAGGGUGAUGAGUCGAGGAUGAAUAGUCCAGUUGGCGGCGGUAGGGAUGGGGACGAGUCGAGGGUGGCGAGUGAGGAGCGGGAAGGGCUGCAGGAGAUGGACCCGCCGCCUCCAACGUCGCCUUCUGUCGCUGCUAGUGUCGGGGACGGCGCUAACCCGUCGUAG